AUGGAUAAACUCAAGAUGAACAGGAACAUGUACAAGCAUUUGCCAAAGACACUUGAAUUAUCGCAUUACAACACAUGUAGUGUCGUUGAGAACAGUGGUAUACUUCUAGGCAGUGGUUGUGGGAAUGCUACUGACCAUGCGCAGUUUGUGUUUAGGUGUAACCUAGCCCCAAUUACACCAUAUAUUAAAGACGCAGGGCGGAAAACCAGUCUGACAACGCUAAAUAAAUCAAUUCUAGAUAAAAGAUAUGGCGGGCUACAUCGGUAUAAUCUAACGAGAUUUGGCCGUGCUCUGAAAGAUUACUCAGGAUACAUUUGGAUACCUCUCCACUCGAAUCUGGAUCGCAUUCCAGUCACGCUGACGGCCGCAUACCUGCUACGAAUUGGAGGACUGCAGGUGUUACUCAUGAAUCCAGAUCACUAUCUUGGAAUGCAGAACUAUUGGACUUCUCACGGUAUCACGGGUUUUCUCACAACAGGUUUUUAUAUGACAAUGGUUGCUAUAGAAAUGUGUGACACGGUUGACCUGUACGGAUUUUGGCCUUUCAAUACUACUGGCACUGGGAAUGAAGUCAACUAUCACUAUUACGACGACUUCGUUGGCACAAAAGCUCACAAUUUCUCGGCGGAAUUCUCCGUUUUAAACAAGCUGCACCACGACGAAAUCAUCAGAAUUAAUAUCAGAAAAUGCCAGAACAGUGCAGUCAACAGUAAUAAUGUCUCAACUGAAAAGUCCACAAAAGUAUAA